AAAAUUAAAUACCCAAAACCCCAAAAUCAGUAACCCCAUCUUCCUUUCCCCAAUUCCCUUUCCCUUCUCCUUCUUCGAGUAACCCUGCAAAGAACCAAGACCUCUAUCACCUUCUUCCUUCUUCUGAAAAUCUUGAGUGCCUACAAGCGAGAUUCAUCCUCUUCCUCUUGACCUAAGCUGGUUCUUUGUUUCCCUUCUUCUCUGUGCAGUCACGGUGGUUCCCCAACCCUAACCGGCGCUCCUCUUCUUGUUGUUUGUUGGUGUAAACAAACUAAGGAGGCGACGUCAUCAAGGAACCAUUCUAGCUGUUAGCCGCGAAUCGAUCACGGCUCUUUGAAGCGUCUUUGUUGCUGAUUACAGAUCGGAUCCGGUCGGGAAUAAUCGGGUUAGCAAUGUUGAUGAGAGUGCUAAGGAUGUCCUUUUGAGCUGAGACCGUGGAAGCUUAUAGUUUGUAUUAGGAAUUUGUUUAAUGUAUAUUAGUUCUGAUUAUGUUGAUUAUAAUGGACUCGUAGUGAGUUGUAUGGUUACUUUAUGUUUAGAUUAGAUAUUUGGUUUGAGAUUUAGCUGUGUUGGUUUCGUAAUAGAGCUGGUGAUUCCUUUGCCCAGGUUUUGGGAUAUGAUUUAAGUUUCUUGGGAAAUAAUCCCUGUGACGACCCUGUUUACCCAGUCAACGGUAAGUCGGGUUGUUACAUUAAGAGUGUUAGGUAUCAAUUGAAUUGAAGAGAGGGAGCGAUGCCGGAAAAAAUGGUGGUGGAAAAGAGAGGGGAAUUGAAGAAUAAGAUGAUAUUAGGGAGCGACGUGGUUGAACCUAGGAACCCUUUACUUAUGGCACCUCCUGAUUGUCGUGAAAUUGUUUACUAUGUUUUGGAUCUGAACACUGCUGAAGUCUCAUCACUUCCUCGUAUCGUGUUUGGUAAUGGUUGUCAGCCUCCCCCGGGUGUUGUGGGAUCUACACUUUAUGUUUUUGGGGGCGGCAAAUCGUUCUCCUCCGGUGACAGUGAUGAUUCCGCAAAAUCAAAACCCAAGAAAGGUAAGAGGAAACAGAAAGGCUUAUUCUCAUGUCAUAUGCUAGAUCUUACCAAACCUAAAGAUGGUUGGAGACUAGCCACCGCUGGGCUCGAUCAGUCACCAGCCGUAAGGGCCAAUGGGGCGUGGCCAGAAGGUAUCGUCGAAUUUGGUGGGAAGAUAUAUGUUUUUGACAACUCUGAAUCUGGUUUUAUUGGCGAGGUUUUCGAUCCUCAACAUAAUAAUUGGCGUCGCUUAAAGUCGCCUCCGUUCCCACCGCCACCGUGUGGUGAUGGGGAUCAGUUGUUUGAUUACCGCACACUAACUCUUCCGGUUAUGGCGGAUCACAAAAGAAACAGAAUCAUGGUGUACUUCCAGUAUAUCAAAACGAUUUAUGCCUAUUAUCCAUGUGAGGAUCAAUGGCGGUGUCUGGUUGAGGACCUUAAAGGUGGAUGGCUAAGGUGGGGAGAGCCCGUGACUAUCGCAGAUGAUGGGGUUAUCUAUAUUCAUAAUCCUAGAAUGAAGGCAUUCUUUAGGGCUUAUGAUACAGUCACUAAGGAAUGGUUGAACGUAAGACUGUCCCCUGAGGCUGAGGCUAAAGCCGACUAUCAAUCUUAUCUUAUCUAUAGGGAAUAUGAUGCCUUAUUACAUCGGGGCAAUGGCGUGCUGUGCUUGAUCCAUUCCGCUCUUCCUUGGGACGACAUCCCCUCCUUUGAACAUAUUGUCCAAUUCAAAGUCCAACUCGUCAACUUGAAUGCCAACUCUAAGGAGGUUCUUGUCACUCCGCUUUCUUCCCAAAAUUAUAAUCUCCCCUCUCGCUGCUGUACUUUUCACUACCUCCCUGUCUAGGUAUGUUAGCUAGCUAAGCUUUUGUUAAGGUUAUUCAAUUGUAAUAUGUUCUUGAUCAUUAUAUUCUUAAAUAUUACUUUAUAUUUCUAUGAUCAUUAUAUUCAAUUGUAAUAUGUUCUUGAUGAUUAUCAUUUACAAGACCCUUGACUAUUGACAAUAAUUCUAUAUAUGUUAACCUUCUUGCAAA